AUCCGUGAGGUCUCCAAAUGAUUCUUUAGAACUAAAACCAAGCUGACAUGUACCAUUAACUCACCAGCUGUCAGACAUCAUGGGAGUCAUUCUAUUUCUACUGAUUGUGGCGCUACUCAAGGACCAAGGAGCAAGAGUUACUAGAUGUGCGAAUGGCUUUACUCAACCGAAUUCCAAUCCAGAGUUUCUGAAUUGUAUUGACAUAGAUGAGUGUGUUGAGAACCAACAUUUUUGUGGGGAACGGGGAAUCUGUGUCAAUCAGCUUGGCAGCUACCUGUGCAAGUGUCCCACAGGAUUCAGUAACUACGGCAACAGACAAACUCAGUGUGCAGAGCUUAAUUGUGACCAGUAUGAAACACAGCCUGGACAGACUCUACCAGGCUUUGAUAGUUUAUUGUCUCUGUUGAAAAACAACUGUUUGGUGUUGAACAGCUCUACAUUGUCUGGACCGACAAGACUGCUGCCAACUGGAGAUGUGCUUUUGACAUUACUGGUUAAUACCACUGAUGUUGUUCAACUGGGCCUCCAGUCCAAUGGUCACCGUAGUAGCAGUGAAGUGACUAAGUUACUGAGGACGAUUGAAAUCUCAUUCAGACUGAUCGCUCCACUGCUGACAGAGAACGUGACCAGGAUAGAGACCAACCACACCGAGGUUGAGAUUAUGGUGAGGAGAGACAAGACUCCACCUAAAGGACCAGUCAGCCUGACCAAUGAGAACACUCAACUUGACACCACCUGGGAGACGGUGGUUGGAGAUUACCAGAAUUACCUAGGGUUUGCGUAUGUCGUUCUGCUCAGCUAUAGGAAUCUGGAUAGUCUGAAGGACAGUACUUCUCAUCAGAGCCAGCAGCUCAUGUCCAGUGCUGCGACAGUUUCCGUUAGCUACUCCAACACAACAUACCUGCCCCAACAGGUUAAUCUCACCUUCCAUCACCUGCAGUCCAGUGAUGUUGACCCCACCUGUGUUUAUUGGUCGGAUGAGAAUGGACCGGGGGUGUGGUCUGGGCGGGGUUGCACCUUAGUGAUGUCAAACUCCACCCACACUGUGUGCUCCUGCAACCAUCUCAGCACAUUCGCUCUGCUGAAGGGAAUCGAUCAGGGACAGGGAAGCGGGCAGCUGUCGUUGGUGAUGUGGGUGGGUGUUUUUGUGGCACUGACAUGUGUGGUCCUGUCCCUGAUCACCACCCUGUGGUGUCGCUUUGUCAGCCGCAAACGCCGUGGAGGACGCCGGCUGCAACAGGAUGUACAGCUACAUAGAAAAUAAGACAUGGAUUUGAACUAUUUGUGUUCUAAGAAAAGCUUUACUUGGAAUUAAUUUGUAACAUUGUCUCUUGGCUUGCAAGGACAUCCAAAUGCCAGCAAUUUAAAAAAAAUUAAGUAUUAUAAAAAUGUAUCAAAAAAACAAAAAUAUAAGAACACAACUUUAUAUUAAUAGAUAUACAAUAUCUCAUGUAUAGAACUCUUAUUAGUUCUAGACUGUAGCAUAUGAGCUCUUAACUAUAUGUCAAAAUACAUACGUCAUUUUAGGCUCACGAGUUUUACUUAUAAUUUGUGGCAUGAAUUUUCCUAGAAUAGUGGUAUAUCCACCCAACGCUGUAUUUGUCAAGUAUAGAGCCAAUUUGUUGUUGUUCUAACUAUUUUCUGAGAGCUAAUCAAGUGAAAAUAAUAUUUGGCCCUGUCAUUCAAUCAUCUUGCAAUAUUUUGCUCCAAUCUGAUUCAAAUAUCUAAAUUCAAUUGGUCCCUUUCUUCAGCAAUAAAGCUAUACCAUACUGAA